AUGCAGCGGUGGCUCCCGGCGCUCCUCCGCCGCGCGGCGCCCGCGGUCUCCGGCGGCGGCGGGGCGGCGCGGCUCUUCGCCUCGUCCUCCCUCCUCUUCGACGACACGCAGGUGCAGUUCAAGGAGAGCGUGCGCAAGUUCGCGCAGGAGGCCAUCGCGCCGCACGCGGCGGCGAUCGACGCGUCCAACCACUUCCCGCGGGAGGUGGACCUGUGGAGGCUCAUGGGCGACUUCAACCUCCACGGCCUCACGGCCCCCGAGGAGUACGGCGGGAUGGGUCUCGGCUACAUGUACCACUGCAUCGCCAUGGAGGAGAUCACCAGGGCCUCCGGCGCCGUCGGCCUCUCCUACGGCGCCCACUCCAACCUCUGCAUCAACCAGCUCGUCCGGCACGGCAACCCGGAGCAGAAGCUCAAGUAUCUGCCCAAGCUGAUCAGUGGGGAGCAUAUCGGGGCACUGGCGAUGAGUGAACCUAACUCUGGCUCUGAUGUCGUCAGUAUGAAGUGCAAAGCUGAGAAAGUGGACGGUGGCUAUGUCCUUAAUGGGAAUAAGAUGUGGUUUAGUACUGCUCAGAAGUUGGACAAACUUGGCAUGAGAGGAAGCGACACAUGUGAGCUUGUUUUUGAGAACUGCUUUGUGCCACGCGAAAAUGUCCUCGGUGAAGAAGGCAAAGGUGUUUAUGUCAUGAUGUCAGGGCUUGAUCUGGAAAGGCUUGUAUUAGCUGGGGGUCCUAUUGGGCUUAUGCAGGCAUGCCUUGAUGUUGUACUUCCAUAUGUUCGCCAGAGGGAGCAAUUUGGCCGUCCAAUUGGUGAAUUUCAGUUCAUACAGGGGAAAAUGGCUGAUAUGUACACCUCAUUGCAGUCGUCAAGAUCAUUUGUAUACUCGGUUGCUAGGGACUGCGAUAAUGGCAAAGUUGACCGCAAGGAUUGUGCAGGAGUAAUUCUCUUUGCUGCUGAAAAUGCAACCCAAGUUGCACUUCAGGCAAUCCAGUGUCUUGGUGGAAAUGGGUACAUAAAUGAGUACCCAACUGGUCGUCUCCUGAGAGAUGCAAAAUUGUUUGAGAUUGGUGCUGGUACUAGUGAGGUAAGAAGAAUGAUAAUUGGCCGUGAGCUCUUCAAAGAGGACUGA